CGAUUUCAGUGGUCUGUGCAGCAGGCCGUUCGGUCAUCGCGCGGCUGCUGGACAUUUUUCUCAUGUCCCUUGCCCGAUACAUUCACGUCGUUGCGAACUCCUCGGCCACGACCGUCAUUGAGAUUUGCUGAUCCCACCGGAUUUGAUUGGUGCCUCGACAUCAGUAGCACCUUGGCCACAGCGCACUAACGUCGAAUCUCGAAACAUUUCCCCGAGAGCUUCCACGAAUAGACCGAGCCUCUGGGUCCUAGAGCUACGCUGCGCUCAUGACGUGCUGACACUUCCUGGGGGAAAUAUCACCGUGCAGGAGCAGGAGACAUACGAGCUAUCGAAGCAUUGAUGUUGACAGCUUCGGCUGCUGCUGCUGCGUGUCGGCCUGUCCCUUCACGCAGCCUGCUCCGCUUCUUGCGGCUGCAGACAGAUGGUGUCCAUGUCGGUCAAGGGUUUCUCUUCGGUGAUGGAUGCGAGUCUCGGGGCAGGAGAUAUGGCACAAGCUCUUCGAAACGAGUAGUGACAGCGCGAUCCCCGUCCAUGGGCUUUCGUGGCUGCAAGAGAGCAUUGGGAACGACCAACACACUGUGCAAGACCGAAACCAAGCCGGCAUUUGCGAAGACAUCCUCAAAAACCACAUCAUCACCAACAUGGCAAGAGAGACUGUGGGGGAGUUCCGCCAAAGCUGGAGGAAAGCCUCUGCAUCCAGAUGACCUACCGGCGCAUGACUGUCCUGAUCCCGGCUCAACGGUGUUUGCGAAUAGGCGAACGUUGGCUGCCAAAGCCGCCAUGGAGCCACGACUGCGAUGUACCGAGGUUGAUGAGAACGGAGAAGUGAUCUUGGUCGAUGGAGAAUUUAAGAAAACGGAAUUGAUUGCCAAGUACGGGCUGCUACCACGAGAUCUCCGCAAGAUCGAUUCUUCAACCCUGCCGCAUAUCCUCAUCCGACCUUCAGCCAUCCUUCUGAAUCUGUUGCAUCUCAAGGUCCUUAUCAAGCAUGACCGCGUACUGCUUUUCGACGUCUAUGGGUCCAAGACCUCCUAUUCACAGUCGGCUUUCAUGUACGACUUGCAAGGCAAAUUGCAGCAGAAGAAUGCGCCUCAGCAAAAUGGCAUCCCGUUGCCCUACGAAUUCCGCGCCCUCGAAACCGUGUUGACAUCGGUCACAUCCGAGCUCGAAGCGGAUUUCGAAGCUGUCCGAGACCCUGUCAUGCGCGUCCUCAGCGAGUUGGAGGACGAUAUCGACCGACAAAAAUUACGUGUGCUUCUUAUUCUCUCGAAGCGCGUGAGCACUUUCGAGCAAAAGGUCAAGUUGGUGCGAGACGCCAUCGAAGAUCUCCUGGAAGCCGACGACGACUUAUCCUCCAUGUACUUGACCGAGAAGGCGCACGACAUACGCCGACAGCUAGACGACCACACGGAAGUCGAGAUGCUGCUUGAAUCGUACUACAACUUGACGGACGAAAUUGUGCAAGAGGCCGGUAACCUGGUGUCGGGCAUCAGGAACACCGAAGAGAUCGUCCGCGCGAUCCUCGAUGCCAAUCGGAACGCCCUGAUGCUUCUCGAUCUCAAAUUCAGUGUCGGCACCUUGGGCCUCGCCAUGGGAACUUUCAUUGCUGGUCUCUACGGCAUGAACCUCGAAAACUUCAUCGAGGAAACAAACUGGGGAUUCGGUGGCGUUACCGGUGCCUCUGUCUUGUUCUCGCUCAUCGUCUGCUGGUACGGGCUGGGCAAGUUGCGCAAGGUCCAGCGUAUCAAGAUGGGGAGCAAUGAGCGUCCACAUUUCCCCCGGCGAACACAGUUCUCUCACGAGGACGAUGCGCUGGGUCUGCUCGACUCGCGCCAUCGUGAGCAGCUGAGGAGGUUGCACAUGCAGAAGACCUCGAAUGCAGCUGCGCAGAGGAGAUGGUGGGACUUGCGACGAUCUUGAGCAAUGUUAUGCAAGCACACGAACGGGCGUUUUCUCGUCGCGUACUGGGGGAGAGCGGAAAGGGCGCACACUCUGCUCUCUGAUUCUCUGUAACUGUAGUUGUAAGCAUAGCCUAUCGCUUUGUUAAUACCCAUGUCUCGCGCUGUACAAUUUUAUUGGAAACUUGAUGUUUUGUGGCGUAUGUGACAGCCACUAUGGCUGAGACACGAAAUGCUGUCACGCCGCUGUGAUAAUGAUCUCGUCAUUGUGGAGGGGUGUGGUGGGCUGGCAGGCACAGACAACUUGAAGGCAGGACGUUGGUAACCC